AUGUCGGGUGGUGCAGAAGACUCCACUGAGAUUAUCGGCACCAAGGGCAAACUCGUGGUGAACCAACAACCGAGCAUCAAUAAGGUGCAACUCUACCAAAACGGGGGCAUCUUCCACGAGAUGCCUCAAGACUAUUGGGAGCGGUUUCACGAUGCUUUCGUCGUCCAAGCGAUUAACUUCACGGCUAGUAUCCUUCAUGGUGGGCAGCCUCUGAUCGACCUUCAGUCUGCUGUAGUAGUUGUGAAGAUUGGUGUGGCUCUGCAAGAAUCUAUGAGGACGGGGAAGAAGGUCUUGUUCGAUAGACUAGGCAAACGUAUGGAUCAUGCUCAGUUGCAGUCGAUCUUAAGUCAAUAUUUAAAUACAACCACCCAAUUUUGCCACAAGUAG